AUGAGCUGUACGUGCAAUAGACUUUAUAAACCGAAGCAUCGGCGGCAAGUGGAUCGUAUUUAUCCCAGCGAUCCAAAGAAUGACAAGCCCAUCAGAGCGGAGAUGGACAAACUCGUCUAUUAUUCGAUGGCGCAUCCAGAGAAGCUCGACCGAUUAGGGGUCUACCUUUCUGAUAUUCUGGAAGACGCGAUUUAUCGGAAACAACAGGGGUGGACGAAAAUCUCUAUUGACGCUAUUGAAGCUUUGCUUCGUGCCUGUCAGGCUCCGCAGAUCAAUCUCUUUGUACAGUCCUACAUGGAAAUGUGCAGAAUGCUGCUAGAAUCAGACUGCACUAAGGCUAGAAAAUGGGGAGCGUCGGCUUUCGUUUCAUUCUGCGAUGUGGAUGAAGAGGGCAAUCAUGAACGGAGCUACGAAGCGUUUAUUGACAUCUUUUGCAAGUUCUGCCACGAAGAUGGGAAGAAUAAGGAGGAUGUGAAAACUUUGAGGAUUUGUGGAAUUCAAGGACUGCAAGGAGUCGUCAACAAAAUGAGCAAGACGAAGAUGGGAGAGAGGUUGAUCGCGCAAAGUUCGAAAAAAAUCAUACCCAGCUUGCUUUACAAUAUGAACGAUAGUUUAGACGCGGGUCAAACUGGCCCCGGAUCCCUCCGAUACAAAGCAGAAGAAGUCAUUCGCGAGCUCCUCUCCAUCGCUGUUUUGUCGCAAAUCGACAUCAUUGUCAAGCCACUUUUGAAACACUGCGAUCAUCAUCAACUUUGGGAGACUGAAAACUCGAUCGUUUGGGCGGAAUUGUUCAUGAAAUCUGUCAGAUUGAGCUACUCCCACUAUAUUGUAAAGCUGAUCAUGGAACAUACGGAGCAUAAAGACUUUGACUCUGAAAAAGGGUUGCUGAAAAAACGAGGAAUUCUGAACUGCAUCUCGCAGAUCUCCAAAAUCCCAAAAGCCUCCACGAUGAGUACCAUUGCUGGCGAGCUAUUACAGUACAUUCUUCGCGGGAUCGAGAAACACGGGGAUCAUGAGCAGCUCGUCGAUCAAUACACAAGUACCUGUGGCGCCAUUAUCGGUCAUCUUGAAAGCGUCGUUCAAGUGGAGCUUAUUCGUUCGAUGAUUCAUGCUCUUCAGAAGGCAAAGAAGAGGGAAGCUCUUUUGGGAGCAAUUCAUUACGCGCUUUCCUUCUGCGAUGUUUCGCGCCAAAACGAGUACAAUAUUCAAUCGGACAUUGUCAACCCGCUCAUCCACAUUACCGCCCCUCUGAUGGCCAAAUCAACUCCUGAAGAGCGCAAAGCCCUCUCGAAGAUCGUCAUCUACUGCCUCGAUUACAGCAAAAACGCGCCUGUUCUCAAUAGAUCUGGAUCCUACCACAAUCAAGAGGUCCAUCUAGCAAAAAUGGGAAGUAUUCAUUUACGUCAAGAUGCAGGAGAUAUCACCGUUUGGCUACUGGAAAAUCUAGCUCAGCCCAAAAACACAACGCAGAACUAUCUUCUCUAUUACCAGCUGAUGGGUGUCUUGGUAUGCGAGCUUGGCGAAGAAAUUUUGACGCAGAUCAUCCGUCUCCUUCUAGCUUUCCAGGAUAAGAUCACAAGUGCUGAUACGCUGCGUCAUCAAGCACACGCUUGUGUGGGUGCUACUUUUGCCCUUUUAGCUUCUCUUUUCGUCGAUUUACAGCCCUUAGUUCUCCCGAUCCUUUCCGAACGUCGAAAUCACCGCCCUCAACUCGCUCCUGAAGCUCUUUUCUCAAGUUCUAGCGACGCAUUGAGGCGCUCGACAGCGAAUUUAUUCGCAGAAGACAACUCAGAAAAGUACCUCUUCCGAAGAGCCGAUAUUUGCUCAAAACUAAAGCAUGCUGGUUUCGAUACAUCCUCGAUCAGCGACCCUCUUGGCAAAGUCGACCAAUUGUCUGUUGAUUCAUCUGGUCUUUCAGUUUCAAGAUCACGCGACCUUGAUACUGAAUCCAUUCAUUUAACAGUACAAGAUGGUGCUGAUGACACACCAUUACUGACAGAUGGCAACGAAAACACACCUUCUAUCAAGGGUCUUCUGGCGCUGCUAAAAGACGCGCCCAAGGGAAAAGAAGAUCGAAAACUCAUGCUUCAAAAGAAACAAGCAGAGUUACAAAAACUCGACUUCAAUCAAGUGGUCGCGCGACUUGAAAAAACGCGGAAACGCGACUCGGAACUCAUGCAGCGAAUCAUGGAGCAUUCAGAAGCUGCCUCCGAGCGUGGAUUCAUGCACGAUUACAAACCAGCCGACAUUGGCUCGCCUCCUUUCUUCAUUUACUAG